AUGGAGUGUGGCAGCAACAGCAGAGGCAACGAAAAACGAUCGAGGAGACGGAAGAAAUCGUUUACAGAAGCGUUGAAGGAGAAGUAUUGCAUGGAGGAUGAACCAGCCUUUGAUUUUAUUAUUGUAAGCCCCAAGCGAAAGACGAACAGUUCUGCGGAAUUAGCUCAUUUGCAGACUGUUGUUCUAAAUGACAUGGACAUCACGAGAGCAGAUAUUCCAAGGCAAGGAUUAGUUUCCCUGUGUCCAAAUGUGGUGGACCUGGAUUUGGCCAACAACCUGCUAGAAACCUGGUCAGAGCUGUUGUCCAUACUGUCACACUUGCCUAAAGUCAGGUACCUCAACGUCAGCCGUAACAGAUUGCAACUCGAUUUGACACACACUAAUGAUUCCUUGACAAAUUCUUACUUGUCAGUAGAGAAUCUGGCACUGAAUGACACAGGAACAACUAUAGAGGAGGUGGUCAGGCUAUCACAGUUGAUGCCAGGAUUAAAAGAAUUGCACUUGUGUGAGAACAAUUAUGAAGAUCUGGCCGACAUUGAAAGCAACAUUCACGCUGGGGCGUUUCCUUGUCUGGAGUGCCUGCGUCUCAACAACAAUGAUAUCUCUAGAUGGUCAGAGGUGUGGAAGCUUCGUCAUCUACCUCACCUGAAAUGCCUGGUUCUUUCUGGUAACCCCAUUGACAACAUUUUCUACCACAGCGAGGAUAAAACAGAUAACAGGAAAGUAGAUGCAACCGAUCUUCAUAACAGUACAGCAGGGCAUUGCUAUGAAUCAGCUCUACAGCAGACUGCAUCAAGGGAUGUUGCCUCAAAAGAGGAGAAACGCCUGCGGUUUCACCUUGCUGACUCUGACAUGGAUGUGAAUGGUGAAUGUGAUAGUUUAGUGAUGGACAAUUUUGAUCAGAGGGAUAGUGAAAAAACUGAAGAAACAUUUGGAAAUGAUGAUGUUAUUAAUGCCCAGCCUGUCGGCAGGACUGCCUUUCAGACCAAAGCAGAAUCUUUAGCUAGAAGCAGCAGUCACCAUAAACCAAAGGCUGGGAUAGAGUAUGAUAGUGGUGCAUAUGCAGGUGUGCCAAGCAGAAUUGAUGCACAAGCUGAGCUACAUCCCAAUGCUAACAACAGUUGUCGAGUGGAUGUGAAGAAAUGCCUCUGUGAUGCUUAUGAUGGCUUCGAUGAAGGCUACUUUGUGAAUGAUGACGUAUUUUUGGAGAAUACUCUUCUUGAAAAUUCCAGUACUGGUGAGGAGAGUAAUGUUGAAUCGGUAGAGUGGCACAGAACUGUAGCGGAGGAGUUUCUGCAUGAAAUUAUUGAUGGCAUCAAUUUUGAUGACAUUUUGGAACAGAGAGUGCCUGAAUUCCCACCUUCAAAUUAUGAUCAGACAGUGCCAAAGCUUGACCAUUCAAAUUAUGAUCAGACAGUUGAUGCCAAUAGUAUCCUUGAAGAUACUGAAGACAGUUUGGGUCCUAACAGUAUAUCCCAAGCCAGUGAUAUCUACAACAUUGAAAGUACACCAACGAAGCAGCAGGCGUCUGUGGACCGUAGCUCAGAAAUUUGUGUUGCUGAGCAUAAUAAUGCUUCUGCAGCUCUAGAUAUGGACUUUGGUCUAGGAUACAGUCCAGUGGUCUCCGAGAUUGAUGCCCAGUUCAUUCCUCGGGCAGUUCGAUUGUUUGAUGAUGACGUCAUGAGCUCUUUCUUUUAUAUGGUCACACCAAGCCCUCCCAGGUCCAGAGCACAACGCUGUUUGUUUCAGGAACCUGUGUGUAAUGGCAGCAGUCACAUCAGGAGUCUUGCUGACACACACUACAGAGGUGGUGAUCACCAGGCAGUUAGUGACUCCGAUUGCCACCAGUCUGCUAGUGACUCCUGUUCUGAUUGUCAUCCAUCCGCCAGUGACUCCUGCUCUGAUUGCCACCAGUCUGCCAGUGACUCCUGCUCUGACUGUGAAGCUGAACAACAUAAGCGUGAGAAAACAGGACAGCUGAUAGCUCCAGUGAUGCUAGCCAACUUCCUUCAGCAGCCACCACAUCAAUUCAACCCCAGUUUCCCCAGCAACAUUAUCCAUACCUACUUACCAAAUUCUGAAUCAGAAAGUUCUGAUCCUACUCCUGCAUCAAGGCUGCCUUCAUCUCAGGAGGGCCCGCAAAUGAACAAACAAAUUUCAAAAUGUGGUAUGUGUGAAGAGAAUACUGAAUUCAACAACAACAGCAGUGGCUUGGAAGAUUCUGAGCAUGAACUCCAAUGCAUGCACACCUCUCGGGCCACAAGACCUGUCCCGUUCCAGCACUUGCAAGUAUUGUGUCUUAGCAGUGCCAACUUGCAUCACUGGAGUCACCUCAGAGCAUUCUCAGCAUUUCCCAAACUGACCAGUCUUAGGCUUAAGAAUAACCCACUUUACUACUCUGUAAAUCCAGAGGACAGAAGGAAAUUGUACAUUGCCAGUCUUCCAAAGGUAACUUUGCUCAACGGAAGUGAGGUUUCACACACAGAGCGAGAGAAAGCAGAAAGACACUAUCUUCGGUACUUUAUGGAUAAGGAGGACAAACCAGACUUUUAUCACACAUUGGUUAAAAAACAUGGACCCCCCGUGAAACUGGUGGAUAUAGAUCUCAGUGCAGGUUACCAGGAGUGGGCCAACCUCAAAUUUGUGUGCAAAGGGGUGGAAGAGUUCUCUCGAAAGAUUCAUCUAGUGGAACCAGUGGGGAAACUCAGAAAUCUGAUCUCUCAAGUGAUAAAAGUACCCAAAAGGUGUUUCACCAUGUACCACCACUCGUGUGGACCAUCUCACCCUGAGUCGGAGAGGGAACUGGUUGAGCUGCGAUGUGAGUCUUUGCCCAUGUCCCGUUUUGAUUUUGCUGAUGGUGAUGAAAUUCACAUUGAUGUUCCAGACUAG